GACGUCGCAUUACAUCAUCGCCCCCGGAGCCCAUUCGCUGAAGGCCGGUUCCUGCUUGGCCCCGCCGAACGCAAAGCUUGCCGCUGACCGGAGCUGGCGCCCAGCUUGGCUGACCGACCGACCGACGGACGAGCGAGCGAGACAGCGAGCGAGUUGGGCGGCCGGGCUCCUUCUCUCGCGCCGGGAAGGCAGCAGCGUCCCCCCCACCCUCCCCUUGCGCCCUUUGCAAGCAGCCGGCUCCCGGUGGGGCUCCGCGGCCGGAGGAUGGCGGAGAGCGAGUGCGAGACCCCCAGCACGCCCGGGGAGUUCGAGAGCAAGUACUUCGAGUACAACGGGGUGCGCCUGCCGCCCUUCUGCCGGGGGAAGAUGGAGGAGAUCACCAAUUUCCCCGUGCGAGACAGCGACGUCUGGAUUGUUACCUACCCCAAAUCAGGCACAAGUUUAUUGCAGGAAGUGGUGUAUCUUGUGAGCCAAGGAGCAGAUCCUGAUGAAAUUGGAUUAAUGAACAUAGAUGAGCAGCUUCCUGUCUUAGAAUAUCCUCAACCCGGUCUGGACAUUAUCAAGGAACUGACAUCUCCUCGCCUGAUCAAAAGCCACCUGCCGUACCGCUUCUUGCCUUCUGACCUGCAUAGCGGCGAAUCCAAGAUCAUAUACAUGGCUCGUAAUCCCAAAGAUCUGGUCGUCUCCUAUUACCAGUUUCAUCGCUCCCUGCGAACUAUGAGCUACAGAGGAACAUUUCAGGAGUUCUGUCGGAGAUUUAUGAACGAUAAGUUAGGUUAUGGUUCAUGGUUUGAACAUGUCCAAGAAUUUUGGCAGCAUCAUAUGGAUUCCAAUGUGCUCUUUCUCAAAUAUGAAGAUAUGCACAAGGAUCUUGCAACCCUGGUUGAACAGCUAGCGAGGUUCUUGGGCAUCGCCUACGACAAAGCACAGUUGGAAUCGAUGGUUGAACAUUGUCACCAGCUCAUUGAUCAGUGCUGCAAUGCCGAUGCCCUUUCAGUGGGCAGGGCUUAUUGAUCUUUGCCCAGAAGCUCACUCUCAGUUGCUGAGAAAACGGGCUCUUGGUUAGCUCACCUUCCUUCCCACUCAACCUCCCAAACCAGUUUCAUGAAUCAAAUCAUGAAUGAACCCAGGACGAAUUGGGCUGUGGAAAGAUAUCUUCACUGUCUCGAUGAAUGAGAAAUUUGAUUUAGUGUACAAGCAGAAGAUGGGAAAAUGUGAUCUCACGUUUGAUUUUUAUUUAUAAAGCAGCCAAAUGAAAAUGCAUGUGUAUAAUACAAAGAAUCUAGCUAGAAGUGCUUUCUGCAUUUAUUUAUUCCUGGCUGGACAUAGUACCAUAUUUGUUAUGUGUAUCAUAUUUAAAAAAAAUAAAUAAAAGGCCACACUGCAUUGGGAUGUUAACCUCAGAGAGUGUUGGGUCAGGUCAAAGGUCUACUUAGAGCAGCAUUUUUUUUUUUUUUGCAAGUUUGAUCAGUCGAAAAAGCUACUGGAUAGCUUUCAAAGUUUUAAAAGCAGCAGGUAUAUGAGUCUAGUGCACUCUGUAAUGUUUUUUUUUCCCCAUGUAAUCUACGCAGAAAGCAAGUGUUACAGGGCAGCUGAAAAAUACAAUGGAUUCAUAAAUAAAGAAUUCUAUAAUUUUAUCAUGCAGAAA